AAUUACCAAGUGUGGGCCCACAUAGUAACAUUUUUUUCUCUCAAGGAAUGCCUUGGCCUACACUCCUAUGGACAUAAAAGUGUGACGAACUUACCACAAUAUAACAUGGUCUUAAAUAGGGCAAAACUAACUUUAGUCUUUUGUCACUCUCAAGUUCAACUACCACCCCAAAAUAAAUUUGGAUCAAUAACACACUUCUAAAAUGGUAUUCACAUUUUGCUAUCUUCUGCACCAAUUCAACAAGUACAGUUAUACCUCUAAAGAAGAAUGGCUUGGUUCAGUUGGCUAUCGAAAACUGACCUCGAUCCUUGUCUUGUUUACGAGUACGCCCUCACCUUCACCCACAAUGAGCUCGGCCAGGACGACAUUGCCUACUUCAGCCACGAGUUCCUGCAGAGCAUGGGCAUCUCGAUAGCCAAACACCGGUUGGAGAUACUCAAGCUAGCGAGGAAGAACAAGGGGAUGAGGACCAUACACCCGAUUUUGUGGCUCAUGUUCGCAGUCAAGCAAACUAGGAAGUACGUGGUCAAACACAUUCAGGCACUGCUGCAUCACCAACGCUCGCCUCUUUUGGUCGUCCCGUCGAGAAACCACAGCCUCAGAUGGAAGGUGUCAAUGCUGCAGAGGAACAAGAGGCUGAGGGCUCCCCUGGGCGAGGCAGAGUGGCCGAAGAUAGGGAGUGACAGUCCCAGGUUCGUGUCUGACCCUGGGAUUUUGAUGCUGACAAACGAGAGCCCCAUGGCUGGCUCUCAAAGCUCAGGCUCAACUCAGAGCUCAGUUCGGGUCGAGUCUGACGCCAAUGCUGAGUCGGACCAUAUCAUGACAGCAGAAGCACUGGUUAACCCUUGGAACAGCAGCUUUUCAAGAACUACUAUACAUUCUCCAGAUAUGGAUUAUUGGUCGAGUAGCACAGAAAUCAAGUGGGAUUCGAUGUUCAAGAACUUGAAGCCAACGUGAAUGUAAGGUACCUUUCUACUGCAGCAGGACGUAGCUUUGGGCCUCUGAAACCGAUCCUCCUCUGUUGAAUUUCCCCCCUCCUGUAAUAAGAAAGAUCCAUGUAUGGCGAACCGAGUGGAAUAUAUGUAUAUCCAACAUUUUAUAUAUAUGUGUAACUUCAAGCUUCUCAUA